UUUCUGCAUCAUUUCCUGCUGACCCGGAAGUUUUGUGCUGUGGUAAAUCAACUGCGUGCUCUGUGUUUGCUGGUUGUUUUCCUCCUACUUGCGUGUUUCGCUGUUUUUAAUCGUUUUUAAAGGUGCUCUUUCGUUUAAAAGUGCUGAAUUUUACGGGAGAUGGGAGUCCCCGCUUUUUUCCGCUGGUUGAGUCGGAAGUAUCCGUCGAUAGUAGUACACUGUCUGGAGGAGAAGGCCAAGGAGUACAAUGGAAUUAAAAUCCCAGUUGAUACCAGCAAACCGAACCCAAAUGAAGUGGAGUUUGACAACUUGUAUCUAGACAUGAAUGGAAUUAUUCACCCGUGCACACAUCCUGAGGACAAGCCAGCACCUAAAAAUGAAGAUGAAAUGAUGGUUGCCAUUUUUGAAUACAUUGACCGUCUCUUUAACAUUGUUCGACCGAGACGGGUUCUGUACAUGGCAAUUGAUGGCGUGGCUCCUCGUGCCAAAAUGAACCAGCAGCGAUCAAGACGUUUCCGGGCAUCUAAGGAAGGAGCGGAGCUUGUAGAGGAAAAACAGAAAAUGAGAGAAGAAGUUAUUCAGAGAGGUGGUUACCUGCCACCUGAGGGAGUUAAAGAACGUUUUGACAGUAACUGCAUCACCCCUGGAACCGAGUUCAUGGAUAAUUUGGCCAAAUGUUUGCGAUAUUACAUCUCAGACAGACUGACCAAUGACCCUGGAUGGCGUAAUAUCACAGUUUUCUUGUCGGACGCCAGUGUUCCUGGUGAAGGAGAGCAUAAAAUUAUGGAUUUCAUCAGGAGACAGAGAGGUCAGCCAAAUCACGACCCAAACACGCAUCACUGUCUCUGUGGAGCUGAUGCUGAUUUGAUAAUGUUGGGUUUGGCGACACAUGAACCCAACUUUACCAUUAUAAGAGAAGAGUUUAAACCCAACCAACCCAGACCCUGCGCCCUGUGUAAUCAGAUGGGCCACGAGAUUAAAGACUGUCAGGGUCUGGCCCGAGAAAAACGGGGCGAGCAUGAUGAAUUUGCAGACAAAAUUCCAGUAUCAGAACAGGAGUUCAUAUUCAUCCGACUGGCUGUGUUACGAGAGUAUCUGGAGAGGGAGUUAACGAUGGCCAGCCUGCCGUUCCCAUUUGUCUUUGAGCGAAGCAUCGAUGACUGGGUGUUUUUAUGUUUCUUUGUGGGAAACGACUUCUUGCCCCACUUACCGUCUCUUGAGAUCAGAGAGGGCGCCAUCGAUCGCCUGGUUGGCAUCUACAAAGAUGUCGUUCAUAAGACCGGGGGCUACUUAACAGAAAACGGCUUUGUCCAUCUCGAGCGUGUAGAGCUCAUUAUGCAAGCCGUAGGGGUCGCCGAGGAUAACAUCUUCAAAAAGCGCAAAGAGGACGAUGAGAGUUUCAAGCGGAGAAUGAAGGAUAAGAAGAAACGGAUGAAAGCGCAGCAGCAGGGUCCAUCGUUUGUCCCUCGGGGUCAGUUCGCCCCUCAGGCUCUGGGCGGCAGAGACAGACCCAUGGCAGUGCAGAACGCCAGGCACACCGCGUAUGAAAUGAGGAUGCAGGGCAACCAGCGCAAUCAGGAAGCAGCUCAGUCCUUGAGAGCCAUGAUCAAAAAUGGGAAGAGUGCUGCUGAAACCAGUGACGGCGCGGAGACUCGUGGCGUGAAACGUAAAGCCGAUGACAGUGACAGCGAACCGGAACCAGAAGAUGUCGUCAGGUUAUGGGAGGACGGCUGGAAACAGCGUUACUACAAAACCAAAUUUGAUGUGGAUGCGACGGACGAUGAGUUUCGUAAGAAAGUGGUGAAGUCGUACGUGGAGGGCCUGUGCUGGGUGCUCAGGUACUACUAUCAGGGUUGCGCAUCCUGGAAGUGGUAUUUUCCCUUUCAUUAUGCUCCGUUUGCCUCCGACUUCAAAGACAUCAAGGGCAUGUUCACCGAUUUCGAGAAAGGGACCAAACCGUUCAAACCUUUGGAGCAGCUCAUGGGUGUAUUUCCUGCCGCCAGUGGAAACUUUCUGCCGACGACAUGGAGAGCUCUGAUGAGUGACCCAGAAUCCUCAAUCAUUGAUUUCUACCCUGAUGACUUUGCCAUUGAUUUGAAUGGGAAGAAAUAUGCCUGGCAGGGUGUUGCUUUGUUGCCGUUUGUGGACGAGCGGAGGUUACGCGCAGCGUUGGCACAGGUCUACCCUGAAUUGACCUCAGAGGAGGUGAGAAGGAACAGUCUGGGAAGUGAUGUCGUAUUUGUUGGGAAGUCCCACCCCCUGUGUGAUUUCAUCCAGGAACUCUACCGUGCAGAAUCUCAUGAGGCCACUGAGAUCCCUGCAGAACUUUGCCAUGGAAUCCAAGGUAUAUUAGAUCUAGAUGAAGACCCUAUUCUACCAGAUAAACCAGUGGAGUCACCCAUCCCAACACUGAGAGACAUCCGCAGCAGCUGUGCUAUUGGAAUCAAAUUCAAGGAUCCGCAGUAUGAAGAUGGCUUUGUGUUCAAGGCUGUUAUCCUACCAGGGGCAAAGAUCCCUAGCAAGGUUCUGAAACCUGGUGACUUUGAACAGAGUAACCGUGGCCGAUGGAGACCUCAACUGGGAUUCAACCCAAACCGCCAGCAAGCCCAUCUGGACCAAUCCGGUUUCAGAAAGCUCAAUCACCAUGUGGGCAUGAAUCAAGGGCCGGGUAAUUUUGGCCGUGGCCAGUCUUACGAGGGUCAGCAUAGUGGCGGUCAGUACAGCAGUGCCCCACCUCCCAGAAGCUAUAACCAAGGAAACUACCGUCCACCCCGAAACAAUUACCCUCAAAACCAGUAUGCCUGGCAGCCUCCGGCCAGCUCCACACCGUAUACCAGGUUCCAGCAGGGCGCUCAGGGCUGGGAUCAGUCGUACCAGCAGAACCAGCAGAGAGGACGAGGAGGCUGGAGACCCGCGCACGGCCAGCAGGACCACCGCGGAGGAGGAGGAGGAGGAGGAGGACGCUACAACUGGAGCUGAACACCUCUUAUUUUCUAUUCCAACAUAACAUUGUCUUUUUUUGGGCUGUUGAUUUGUAAAGAUUUUCUCUUUUUUUUUUUUUUCUGUUUUACUGACAAAAUGUUCUUAUGUACUGAUUUUUAAGAAUAUGCCUGUAAAACUUAUGAAAUACACAUAAGAGACAAGA